AUGUCAAGGCGACGUGCACGGCGGCAGUUCAAGACGCCAGUUCAGCAUGCUCCACCUGAUCACCUGCUGAGCUUGCCAGAAUCGUUGGGUGAUGAUGUCCCUGGCAGUGGUGCACCAUGGGGCUUUGCUGAUAACGCCCCUGCCAGUGAUUCGGAGUCAGUAUCGCCCCCCCAAGCUGCCUCGGAAGCUGCACGCACCCGGGGCCCAAACGACUGUGGAAAAAACCGAGUGGGAAGGCGCGUUGGCCGCUAUUCGGACAGCGACCGCCGGGCUUUCUUGGUAGCACUGGAUGAGGUCGAUGAGCAUCAGGAAUCGUUUUCUGAUAGCAAGAUUGCCGCUGUGCUCGAGCGGAGAAUUGGAAAACAGAUAUCAGUCUCAACGAUCUCAAGAUGGCGCCGCGAAUAUAUGAAGCGCCUGAAUAUGCGCGCCGCAGGCGAGCUGUCUUCAGAAGAACCACAUCUCAAACCUCAACAACCACGAUCUGGCCGCCCUUCUGUUUUGGAUGCUCAGGAUGAAGAGAUUUUGGCUGAGUAUGUCAUGCGAUACGGCAAGCGAGGUUCGACAGCGGACGCUCGUGAGUAUCUUUACGCAAAGCGUUACAAGCCCCUCGAGCUCAGCGAUUCGAUCGAGCCUUGGCAUGUUUCCCUUGCCACCAUUUGCAAUCAUCUGAAGAAGCAAAACCGGGAUUCUGGAAUUGACAGCGAGUACGUUAGUCUACGUCCUCGUCGACAUGAUUCUUUCGGCCCACAGACCCAGGAGGCUUGCCUCAAUUACAUUACAUUCCUGGAAGCCCUGGACGAGGAGCACCUCCUCUUUUCGUCGAACAAGCAUGCUCUUCUCUCUGCGGACGAAAGCUGGAUGACUACCCAAGCAACGCGACACAAAGGCUGGGUCGUUCAAGGACAAGCAAGGAGUGUGGCACCAGCGCCUCGUUCGUCGAUCUCUUUCUUUGCAGCAUUGGCCUACUCCGGAGAGAUCGUUUUCUUGCGUACCAACAUUGGCAAUAGUACAGGCGAGAGUUCACAGCGCUAUUUGGAGGGCACAAUCUCUGCCUGGCGAAAAAAGUAUGGCUCAGGUCUUCUGGUCGUGACCUGGGACAAUGUGCCACAUCAUUAUAAAGCUCUCAGUCUCAUGUCCGGCUCUCAUGGUGUUGAACAUACGAAAAAGGUGUUUGUGCGCGCCUCAAGCACAAUUCCAGAAACUGAUGAGCGCUACUCACCGCUCAUUUACUAUGAGUUGGAUCGUGAGCUGUACGGUGGUCCGGUUCUUGUUGUCCCAACGCCAAAAUACCAGCCCGACUUCGCUCCCAUUGAGACCGUUUUUGGUUCCGUCAAAUAUGCUGCAGAAGGCAUUCGCGCGCGUUCAUCAAGCUUUGGCUACACGCGCCUCUCAGAGAGGCUCGAGAAGAUUCUCAACGUUGUUUUUGGAUCCUACCUGAGAAAAGAUAUGUUGAAAGGAGCAAUCCGUGACACACACAGGUACAUGAAAGCCUGGCAGGAUGGCGCCGUAAAUGAAGAUGAGGCUCGAGCUCGCCGCGACCAGCUACGCAUUCGUGACAAACAAGACUAUGACCAGAUCAGGGCUGCAACUGGCGGAAUCUUGAGACACAGGCGUGAAUCCUUCGAGCUCGCGCCAAUCAUGGACAUGGCUGUCGACAACUCCCGAACUCGCCGCCAGACUGCUCGAGCCGUUGCCGCCAGCCAAGAAGACGAUGCUAACGUGAAUGACUUUAAAUCUACAUGUGAAAAUAAGCGGUUGCUACUACAACGUGACAAAGCUCAGGCUCGAGCUCGCCGAGCAGCAUCAGCUGCUUUGCGCAGCUCAAAUUGA